AUGGCUCGUAUUCAUCGAGACGGGCAGAAACGGCCAGUGAAGAUAUACAGAUUCGUGCUCGCUGGAGGGAUGGAUGAGAAGAUCUUCCAGCGACAGAUCACUAAGACGGGAUUAGCCGAUUCGGUUGUUGAUGGGAAGAAGAGCGAAGGAAGUUUCACUGCUGAGGAGUUAAGAGACUUAUUCAGGCUUGAUAUGAGCGAUGGUUGUCAGACUCAUCAGCUACUGGGCUGUGAAUGCAAAGGUAUCGGAGAAGAUCUGGCCAUUCAUCCCUCGGUCGUCUCGGAACCAUGCUCACCUUCAACUAUUUCAGAGAAAGAUAUUGAUAGCGACGAUGAACCGUUGUUACCACCAGUCCAUGCGAUAGUUCCUGGCACCAAGGCCAAUGUCGAUGCUGUGAAGAGGAGAAUCGCAGAGGAGGAAAAGAAGAAGAGGGCAAAAAACUCGGAAGGGAAGAUGCAAGCUCUUAUGAUGUACAGGCAUAUUGACACCGCAGUUUUUAGAGGUGAGACAGAAGAUGUGUUUGGCUACGAAACUCUAGAGGUUGAAGAAUCAAGAAAGGUCGUGGAUGACAAGGUCCUAGUCGAGGUUUUGAAGGGAGACAACUGUAAAAUAAACUACAUAUUUGCUAAGGGGGACAGAGCGGUAAAGCCUGUUCCAGGAGAGGAUUCGGUUCCAGCCGAGGCUUGA